GUACUUUUGUUUUGAAAGGUCCGUCCUGUGUCGGGUCUGCUGCUUCAGGCGUAACAUCACUACAAGGACAGUUCAGGCUACUUGAGCUCAACCAGCGUUGAGGUUUAUUGUCACAGUAAUUCUCCAGGUCCCACCAUGCGAAGUGCGAAUCUCCUCCUGAUUCCCGCUCUGCUGCUCCUCCUGGCCCUUCCUGUCUCCAGGGGACGCUACAAUGAUGACUUUGACGAUGGCGAGGACCUAGCAGACUUCGAUGACAAUGACUUUGCUGAGUUUGAGGACAUGAACGACGAUCCGGCAGCCGAGGCUGAAACUGCCCCUCCGCCUCGUGUCUCGCCGUCCUCGCAGCCUGAGGAGGAUGAAGAUGAAGACGAAGCCACCGUGGAGCUGGAGGAUGGCCAAGACGGUUUCGAUGACUCGGAGACACAGGAUCAAGACAUGUACAGCAAAUAUGACCAGGAAGAGUUUGAGGGGAUUGGAGACAUGGAGAAGACAGGCCACUCCAUGAAGGACCCCCUCAUAAUCCACACGGUUCCUGCACAUCUGCAGAACAGCUGGGAGAGUUACUACAUGGAGAUCCUGAUGGUGACCGGCUUGUUGGCCUACAUCAUGAACUAUAUCAUCGGCAAGAACAAGAACAGUCGCCUCGCUCAGGCCUGGUUCAACUCACACAGAGAACUUCUAGAGAGCAACUUUGCACUAGUGGGUGACGACGGCACCAGUAAAGAAGCAGUGAGCACUGGGAAGCUGAAUCAGGAAAAUGAACACAUCUACAAUCUGUGGUGCUCCGGGCGCGUGUGCUGUGAAGGCAUGCUGAUCCAACUCAAGUUUCUGAAGAGGCAGGACCUGCUCAACGUUCUGGCCAGGAUGAUGAGGCCUGCCUGUGACCAGGUGCAAAUCAAAGUGACUCUUAAUGACGAGGACAUGGACACCUUUGUGUUUGCUGUGGGAACCAAGAAGGCCAUGGCCAGGCUUCAGAAGGAGAUGCAGGACUUGAGUGAGUUCUGCGGGGACAAGCCUAAGUCUGGGGCCAAGUAUGGGAUCCCAGACGCCCUGACUAUUCUAAGCGAGAUGGGCGAGGUCACAGAUGGGGUGAUGGACAACAAGAUGGUGCAUUAUAUCACCAACCAUGCUGACAAGAUUGAGUCCAUCCAUUUCUCGGACCAAUUUUCUGGUCCAAAAGUUAUGCAAGAGGAGGGUCAGCCCUUAAAGCUGCCUGAGACCAAGAAGACGCUGCUGUUUACAUUUAAUGUGCCUGGCAUGGGCAACACCUCUCCCAGAGACAUGGACGCUCUGCUCCCACUCAUGAAUAUGGUGAUCUACAGCAUCGAUAAAGUCAAGAAACUGCGUCUCAACAGAGAGGGCAAACAGAAAGCUGACAGAAACCGGGCCCGUGUGGAGGAGAACUUCCUGAAGCAGACUCACGCUCAGCGUCAGGAGGCGGCCCAGACACGCCGGGAGGAGAAGAAGAGGGCUGAGAAGGAGAGGAUCAUGAAUGAGGAGGACCCUGAGAGACAACGUCGUCUGGAGGAAGCAGCCCAGAGGCGCGAGCAGAAGAAGAUUGAGAAGAAGCAGAUGAAGAUGAAGCAGAUCAAAGUGAAAGCCAUGUGAAAAGGGCCACUACAGGGAUCGUGAUACCACAAGCACACAUGAAAGCAGUGCUCAGCUCAGACUAGUUUUCUCUAACUUCUCUGGCUCACAGUCGCUCCAGCUCUUAACAGACAUCCUGUGCCUCCGGGUGUGUCAAGCUUUAGCUGUCUCUGUCACCACCUGCUCCAUUUGGUGUGGCUAAACCUUAAUGACUGAGAGUGAACUGUCCAUGUCACUCGUGAGGGACUUUUUCACCAUCAAACGUGUCACCACAAUUCACACCAGGAUUUUUUGUUUUUCCUGUUUCUGUCCAACCAUCUCUUCAAAAAUGUCAUCAAAGCUAUGUAGCUCGGUGAGCUUUUUAAACCCAAUCUGCUGGAAGAGAACACACUAUUUUGUGGUAUCGAGCCACAUUUUAAAAGGAAUGAAAGCAGAAUUUAUUAGCAUUAAUAUAAUACGAUCGAGGAAAUUUUAAUUUAUAUCUGCUACGAGAUUGGUUUCUUGCAGGCUGUUUCUAAUGAGUAUCUGAGCAAACAUAAUAAAAUGCACUGGAGUCUGUUGGGAAA